GGCUCGUAUGAAGGCUUUUUUGUAGAGGUGGGGACAUAUUCAGUAAUGUUAUGAACGAGUGUGCACGUCAGGCACCCAAAGGGCGGAUGAAUUCGAAAGACUUUUCCCUUUCAGCAAUCUUUAUAACAAUCUGUCCUUGUCUGAUCAGCUGAAAAGAUGUCCGGAGCAAAUAUCUGUGAAACUGAGGAAUACAAGAGUGCCGCUGGAAUUUUAAAAAAAUGCAGCGUUGCAUGUAUCAAUCUCAUACGCGGCGGUGACAAAGACAGCCCUCACAAUUUAAACUGCAAGACAUUUUGUAGAGGUUGUUACGCAUACUACUCCACCAAGGCGGACACUGAAACAACUGCUUUACCUGAUUUUACAUCCCCAUCUACAGCAGUAACCAACCCAACUACAGCAAUCGACGCAACUACUGCACCAUGUCCUCCAUGUUAUGAAACCACACUUACAGUGCUGGUAGUUCUGAUUCCUCUAAUUAUUAUUGUGGUCAUUGUAGCAAGCUGUAUAUUCAAGCCCGUUCAGAACUUUUGGAGGAAAUUGUUAGAUAUUAAACAACCACACCCAAAUACACAAAUACCUUUAAAAGAAAAAAAAGAUGAUGGAGAAGAAGCCAGUCCUCUUAUGGGUCGCGGUCAAGAACGAGAACAGGACCGUGAUGUGCCUGAAGAGCAGGGCGCACAACAGAGUCAGAGUGAAGCCUCGGAGAGAGGAGUGCCCGAUUCCGGUCGCCCACAACAAAACCCUGAAGAUCCAUCAGCCGAAGUUCAUGCAGACACACCCGGUGAAGCGGACCCAAAACCGGGUAAUAUAGAUGUGCCAGGGCCACCCACACCAUCAACUGAUUCCCAACCAUCAACUACUCCACAUAAUAGAACCUUGGAGAGAGAAGUGCACAAAUCUGGUGAGGAGACUGAAAUCAAGGCUCCACACGGUGAUGGUGGUAUCUGUGAGGGCGGAGCAGUUCCACAAGAAACCGGCAGAAAUUUGGGUGCUGGACCUUGCGAAGAAGCAGGUGCUUCCUAUAGGAAAGACUGCACAGAUAGUUUUAUCGCUCAAACACAGACAUGAAAUAGUGGUCCCAUUGAAUGACUUGUGAUGUUGAAACAUAUCUUUCACAGAAUGUCGAAAUGACGUUAGAAGUCAUGCUUGUCAGCUGGAACAAAGAAGAUUAAAAGGUACAAUUUCUAAGGAAGAAGAGAGAGGCAUAACAUGCUUUGGUAGGAGAUAUCUUGUAGGUUUAUCAAUUUUGCACACCUGAAAAUGUUCGAAAUUUGACUCCAGUUAUGAAAUAUAAGCGCAUGAUUUUUUUGUAAAUCAAAUUGGGCUCAUACCUCCGAGACUUCAUACAAUUAUCAAUAUAAAGUAUGUAAAUAAUGGCUCUGGCAAAAUCGGCAGGGUGCCAAUUCUGCCCCCCCCCCAUCGUCAGCAUGGAGAUCUGAUUAGUCGGGAUAAAUCAGCCAAAUCAGGUCAGAAAUGAAAUCCCUCUACUAAAUGGCCUUAUGCGUCCAAGUACAUUUGCCCUUCAGUACGGGUUAAGAAGAGAAGAGGCUUUUUUCAUGAUAUAAAACUUUCGUCCACACCUCAGAGCUCAUAUUUGUGAGGGUUCGAUUUCGAAUCAGUAAAUUUAUUCAUGAUUUACAGUACAGUACAGCUUAUUGAAAAUAUGCUAAAAUUUAUGUAAAAAUGCUUUUUUACAACUUAUUGCGAUUAAUGUAUAAUAAUAAUAAUAAUAAUAAUAAUGAGUCUUUUAUAUAGCGCAAUUCCGUGACACUAUAGUUCUCGCUCAAAGCGCUUUGGGAUAUCAUAUCAUUACCCCGGUCUCCACAGAAAUCAAUCAUCAGGGGUUCCAAGGAGCAACCGCAAGGCGCUCACUUGAACUCGACCAGUAGGGGAACUAAGCAGUGACUCGGCCGGGAGUCGAACCCACGAACUCCUGAUCAUGAGGCCGACUCUCUUCCACUGCGCUACCGCUAUAGAACAAGGCCCAUAUUCAUAAAACCCUGCUGAACUAGCAGCCAACUAGGCCAUAGCAGACUGCCAAAUGCCUAGUUGGCUGCUCCAUAGUACGCUGCUAUUUUCCUAUUCAUGAAACCCUGCUAAGAACAUUGCCAGGUAGUUGUCAACUAAGAUUUUGUUAGUUGUUAGCUGGGCAUUUGGCCUUUGUCCCAAACCACAUACCACAAGGAGCGUUAGUUUCACUUUAAAUAGGGGAUGGCAUGUAAGCAUUUUAUGUGUGCCUUUCGACUUAAUAUCAACAUCUAAAAUAAUUUGUGACUCUGCAUUAGAUGGACUGAUUUUGAUUCCGAUUGCGGCAUAUGGUUGGGAUUGUCUAUUAUUUCCCUAUUGGCUUUUUUAAUGUUGCAGGGUUUGAUAGUUUGAUUUUGAGAUUUAAAAUGGACCCAAAAUAAAAAAGAUAUACCCGGCUGAUUGAAUCAAUAAUAUUUUUAGAAUCUAAGCCUUCUUUGUGUUUAAUUGUUGACUCAAUUUUAGCUUCUUUUUCAACGCGAUCAACCUCAGAAGAAUCAGCUUCUUCAUCAAUUGUAGCUAGCACUUGCUGCAAAGCAUCAAGUCUAACUCUUUCGUCAUUAUUUAAGAUAGCAUGAACACCUUCAAUAUUUUUGAUAGUGUAAGUUCUAUUGCUCCAAAUCUGUUUGUAACCCUUUGUAAAUAUAGGUCUCUUCAAUUUUUUUCUAACUAAUUCUCCAAUGUUAAACUUGUGUACAACGGGCAUAGAUUUUUCUACAUUUAAUUCAACUAAUUCAGUAGCAUGAAGGUUAGCUUCAUUUGGACUAUAGUCUAAAAUGCCAGAAUGAGGUCUUUCAUUGUAUGCACUAAUGUAAUCUUGCAAAUGAUCAACCCAUUUGACUGUAUUUUUCUCUGUGAAAUCUUUGAAGACCAUUUCUUUAAUAGUUCUAGAUAGUCUAUCAAUUAAGCCUAAUGCAUGAUGAUCACCAAUAUCCACUGUUCCAUGUCUAAUGUUCAAUUCUUUGAAUAAAUCUUGUAGUGGUUUGUUUAAAAAUUCAUUGCCUGAAUCUGUAAUAAUAAGUGUAAUACUUCCAGUAUCAUUAUAAAUUUUUUCAAAGCCAUUUUUCACUUCAAACUUAGUUUUAUUUUUUAAUGCUUCAGCAUAAGCUUUUCUUGUAAAUGUAUCAA